AUGUCGAGACAAAGCAUUGGGGAACAAGGGGUCCUCAGCAUGCAGCCGAAAGAGAUGGUGGACCGGAACGCGAUGAACCUCAGGUGGACCUUCGGCUUCAAUCUUGAGUCGAUGGUGCUGGUCGACCUGACAGCCGAGGGGCAUCUAGCUAUGUUCUAUGCUAUUGGACAUACAGGAGUGAUCUUUGACUACGAGAUGCGACAGCAGCGCCUACUCCAAGGACACACCAAUACCAUCACAUGCGCGGCGACGAGCGAUGACAAGAAGUGGCUGGCGACAGGCGACAUGGGCGAGAAAGACGCCAUGAUCAUCGUGUGGAACGCUCGGACUGGGGUGCCUGUCCGAUCCAUCUUCGACCCUCACAUAGGGGGUGUGGUUGACUUGGACAUGACGCCGGAUGCCAAGUACAUCGCCUCCAUAGGAGCAGGUCCGAAGCAGACGAUUGCGGUGUGGAGAUGGACUAGCCCCGAAGAGACUCCAGCGGCUCAGCAUGACGUCAUCAGCCGGGACUUGCAGACAUGCGUCAAAUUCCGCCGCGAUGACGUGAGAGAAAUCAUGACGAAUGGAUCGCAGAGAGUGAUCUUUUGGAGCUGGGAAGACGACAAGUUGAAGUUCUACUCGCCUGCCCUGUCCUCCAAGGAGUUCUCAUCCCCUGUCGGCAAGUUCACACAGAGUGUCUUCAUCCCCUUCUCCAACCAGGCUGUCUCGGCGACAGAGGACGGUGACCUCCUUCUCUGGGAUCAAGUUCUUCUCCCUGCUCUUGACGCGAGGCCCUCGGACCGAUGUGCCGUCAAGCUGCUCAAGCUUCACGAUGGUCACGCCAUCACCUUCAUCUCCGUCUUCGACAGCUUCCUCGUCACCGCAGGCGCCGACGGCUUCGUGCGCUUCUAUGACCUCAAGUUCCGCCUCCUUGCUUGGUACGAAGACCUCGACGUCGGACCCAUCGCGUCGCUCACCUUCACAUCUCCCCGCGCGACUCCUAAGGAUGGAGGCUACCUGGAGGGCGAGGUUCGCAUCCCAAACUUCAUUGUGGCCACCAAGGCAGGCAAGAUUGCGUUGGUGAACGCAGCUAUCUUCGAGCAGUACUCCAAGGAGGAGAGAAAGGGAGAGGUUCUCGUCCAGGGCUUUGAGUCCCCCAUCUCCGCUAUGUGCGCCUAUCCCUCUUCCUCCAAGCUCUUCGUGGUGACCACGAGCGGGAUGCUGCGAGUGCUGGACUUCGAGUCUCAAGCUUGGCUUCAGCAGAAAGUGCUGGAGAAGAGAACUCCCACCUGCAUCUGCGUCAACCCCAACGGGCAGGAGCUAGUCAUCGGAUGCACCGACGGCUCCGUGCUGAUCAUCGGGGUCUCGGACCUCGAGCUCAUCCAGCGCAUGUCUCAGAUUGACUGCGAGAUCACGUCGGUUCAGUUCGCUCCCGAUGGCAUGCACGUGGCGGUUGCAGAUGCCCACAACUGCGUUGGGAUCUUCCGCAGAGAGAGAAAUGUGCUCGAGAGCGGCAAGGAGGUGCCAUGGCUGUACGUGGGAAGAUACAGGUCUCAUCACGGCAGGAUCGUAGGGCUACAGUUCAUCCUUGACAAGGCUGCUGGGAUCAUUCGGCUAGUUUCCCUCGCGCAGGACAGAGUGAUAGUGGAGUAUGACUUGUCCAGCUCGAUGGCAGCCACAGGUGUCGUCGUUCGAUGUGCGAUCACGAUUGAGGAGACGGCGGUGCCCACAGCCCUCCUACAGCUCCCACCUGGAUGUCAGCAAGGAGAAGAUCCCAACAAGAUCUUCCUGGUGUUGGAUAUCAUCGGUCUGACCGGCGUGCAUGACAAUCGACCGCUCGAGGAACAAGAUUCGCACUGCCUGCAGACUCUCUUGGGCCCAACCUUCGGCCCUCCCCCUCAUCGUCUCCUCACUCUCCCGCCCGACGAGCAGGGCAAGCAGUAUGUCGUCUACGCGACCCCUCACAAGGUCGUCGGGCUCAUCAAGCUGCCACUGGACGGGAACCCCAACUGCAGCAUGGGGCUGAUAGCGCAUGCUGGGGAGGUGGCGGAGAUGUGCGCGUCACAUGAUGGGAAGCUGGUGCUGACAACAGGAGGGUCAGACUGUGGGAUCUUUUUGUGGGAGGUGGACCCCUCCGCCUUAGAGGCAUCGGCAGCGCUGGGGGGGUCGGGGAUCGAGCCGUUUGAAGCGUUGAUCCCGGGGGGGAAAGGGGGAGAGCUGUACGACGAGAUGCUGGAUUAUUUCUACCUGGCUCAGCUAAGAGCUCAGGGAGAGGACACGACCGAAGAGAGGAAAGUUACAGGGCUGGCCCCCGUCGAAGCCGUACCAGAGUUGAUGCAGGCAUUUGGGUAUUAUCCCUCCAAGUUCGAGAUCCGCGAUAUGGUUCAUGAAGUCAGAAGGAAGGGAAAGGAUUCUGUAACCUUCUCAGACUUGAUCAAAUUGUUUGUCAAUCACAAGCCUGUCAACGAUGUCAGCCUGGAAGAGAUUCAGCAGGCCUUCCAUCACCUCGGAGCAGAGCCAGUGACAGGGAUCCUGAAAUGGGAGCAGCUGCGAAUGAUGUUGAUGCGGAUGGGAGAAUCUCUGUCGGAGAGCGAGAUACAAACAGCGAUCGCCCGACUGACAGGAUCGAGUCUGAGCGGGCGAGAAGACUUCAUGGCAAGCACGUUCGCCGAGAACGUUGAGAGCAUGUGCUAG